UGCACCUCUGGACUGAUUUCCCUCACAACAGAGACCGGUUGCAUUUCCCCAGACAUCGUAAAUGCUUGAACACCUAUGUUGUAGUUUCAAAUUCGAGGUUCCUCCGUGGGACGGUGUCAGGAACGGGGCUCGGACCAAUUCUUUGGAAUGGUGAAAAAUGAAGCCGAUCCCAUGCAAAGCCGCAACCGAAUAUAAAUGGAUGCUGAAAUAUGGAUGCAACCAGAGAGAGAGACGGGAGGGUUCUCGACCCGAAACGUCGACCGUGUUUCUCUCCCCACCAAUGCCGGACCUGCUGAGUGAUUUUGCUGCCAAUGCAUGCAUCCUAGCUCAGAACUGCAGGGCGCUAGGCGGGAGCAGCCGCCUCCCGGGCACCCAGACGAGCGCGAGCCUCGCGGCAUCGGGCGGCCGCCUGGACCCCGCCGCGUUCUAAUCGCCACCUAGCAACGGUUCACCCUGUGUUCCAUUCCAAUUGUCUGGCUCUCUGCACGCAGCUCCCGUCCGCCUGUGCGUUCCGUUUCAUUGGCCGGGGCUGCAAUCAGCGCAGCUCAGAGGGGGCGGAGGGUUCCUCACAGUGACGCAGCCGCCCGCUGAUGGAGUGCAAUCGGUUCUGUGCUUGGGCUGCCAGAUGCAGCCACUGCCACCUUUGUAGACAAUAAAGGAAAAAAAAAACGAGAAGAAAAUUGGAUCGUGGGUAUCGAUUCUGGGUGAAGAAGACAGAAGUGGAGAGUGAACACCCCCCCCCCCCCCAGCUUUCUUGGACAGCUGGAGGCAACCUCGAUAAGGUUUUGCAACUGAACCCAAACAAAGAGACAAAGAUCAGUUUCAUGAUAUGCUUAAGAACAGCCACCAAUGACCUCUUUGUUCUCUGGCCUGUUUGGAACUUGGUCCAACGGUAUUUUCUUUCUUCCAGAUUCAACUUAGAAUGACAACAGAAAGGUAUAGGCCUACUUGGGACCUGGCAUUGGAUCCCCUUGUAUCCUGUAAACUGUGCCUUGGGGAAUAUCCAUUAGAGCAAAUGACAACAAUAUCGCAGUGCCAAUGCGUAUUCUGCACUCUGUGUCUGAAGCAAUAUGUGGAGCUUCUCAUUAAGGAGGGCUUGGAAUCUGCAGUUAGCUGCCCUGAUGCUGCUUGCCCUAAGAGAGGUCACCUACAGGAAAAUGAGAUUGAAUGCAUUGUAGCAGCAGAACUUAUGCAGAGAUAUAAAAGAUUGCAGUUUGAAAAAGAAGUGCUUUUGGAUCCAUGCCGAACUUGGUGCCCAUCCUCUGCUUGCCAGUCUGUCUGCCAACUGAAGGACGUGGAGUUGCAGCAGCCCCAGAUGGUACAAUGUGCAGCCUGUAACUUGCAGUUUUGUUCUCUCUGCAAAGCAAACUGGCAUCCAGGGCAGGCUUGCCAAGAAAACCUGCCCAUUACCUCAUUCCUUCCUGGAGAAACAAGUUCAUUCUUUGAAAAUGAUGAAGAGGAUGAUGUCCCAAUCAAACGUUGUCCAAAAUGCAAAGUCUACAUUGAAAGAGAUGAGGGUUGUGCACAAAUGAUGUGUAAAAAUUGCAAGCAUGCCUUUUGCUGGUACUGCCUGGAAUCCCUUGACGAUGACUUCCUAUUAAUUCACUACGAUAAAGGACCUUGCCGAAACAAGCUUGGCCAUACACGUGCCUCUGUCAUUUGGCACAGAACCCAGGUAGUUGGAAUAUUUGCGGGCUUCGGCCUUUUGCUGUUAGUAGCAUCACCUUUCCUCCUGCUUGCCACACCGUUUGUCCUUUGCUGCAAGUGUAAAUGUAACAAAGGAGAUGAUGAUCCUUUACCCACAUAAGCAUGAUGCCCCGAUAAAGAAAACAGGAGGAUGGAAUUUUAUGAACAUUCUUUCCAAUAUAACUAUCAUCUUAAAUCAUUUGAUUUUGUCCCAUGAUAUUUCCCAGAGUCAACAUUUGUUUCCCCAGCUUGCACAAGUCCAGAGUCUCUGAGAGUGCAGUGAAUUUAAAAAAAAAUGUGGGAAAGAAGCAAUUGGGUUAUCCAGGAGACAGUUUAUUCCAAGAGAAUGCACAGGAACUUGGUAGACUGCACAAACCUCUGGAAUACAGGAAGCAAACUUAGAAAAGUACUUGCUUAAAUGGUUCUAAAAGAAGCGAUAUACUUGACAGUGUACAGCUGUACAUUUAAAUACAAGAUUUAUAGGUUAUAUGAAGAAGGAAAAUAAGUAAUUUUGGAAUAAACAGAAAAUGGCUGAGAUGCAAGCAGAUGCUUCAGGAUAGAGAGAGAGAGAAGGCCUUCCCUUACAUUUGCGAUGAAUAGUAAUAGGUUCUCUGUUCAUUGCAAAUUGUAUCAGAAUUGGGCUUUUUUUUUACAUUAAAAAAAUCUCUCACACCCUUUUCUAUAAAGAGACAAAAGUCAAUUUUACUGUAUAAAAUCUUUCAAGAAGCAUUUUUGACAAUUUUGAUUGGAGAUCUAAAGGUUUCAUCAUUUCUAAGUCAUGUGAUUUUUUUUUCAUGCCAUUUAUCUAGACCUGUCUUCAAGAUAAUAUCUCCAUGUUUUUCUGUGUUUAUUCUUUGAAUCCAUAAAGGUGCACUGUUUCUUAAUAGAUAUCUGCAAUAAUGUUUCUGUAACUUUGACUGCAGAUGGGAAACUGAUUACUGACUAGGGGACUGUAAACAUGCAAACUAAUUCAAAACUUACCACAUUCUCAUUGUCAGAAUGAUGUUUAUUGAAAUUCAUUCCUCAAAAGUUGCUGUGUUUUGUGCUGAGCACAAAUGAUCUGAAUUUUCACUCGUUUUGACAAACAAAACAUACUUAUUGACUCUGAAAGGAUAAAAGGAAAAUGACUUGCCCAUUAAAGACUAUAAAUUGCUCUUUGGCUUUUAUCAAAUCCAUUUUUUGAUCUAUUUCAAACACAUCAGGAUCACAAUCUAUUAAUUUUAAACCAUUGUAAAUCCUGUUCUUGAAAUUACUGCUUGCCCUUUGUAGUUGAAAGAUGAAUGCCUAGUGAUCAGAAGCAUGAAUUAAGGAGGUGGGUAACAAAAUGGAUAAGAAAUCCAGUGGAUAGUUUUGAAUGAACCAGGAUUCUGAAACAAAAGUGGAUAACAAGAAGAAUCAGAGUCACCAAAAAAAAACACUGAGGAGUGAAAUUGAGUCAUGCUAGUGAGCUUUGUAUUCUUGCCUAUUUGGAUGUUUAUCUCUUGCAGUGUAUUAUUGUGUUUUUAAUUUCUAACUUAAUUGCAAGAGCUUUUAUUCUAACUUCACAAAAUUAUUUCUACAUCAAUGCACAAUUGUUAAUGGCUAAAGUAACCAGGAACAGAAAAUAGAAGGCUUUUUUUUAGCAAGUUUAUCUAUUUUUGGAGUCUGAAAGUGAACACAGACUGUUAAUUUUUGUGGAACUACAAAUUAAACCAAAGGUGCACAAAUUCAAGGAGCAUGAACUAGGAAGCAGCUUGAACCAGGUUGAACUGUAGUUAGAAAGCAAUAUGAAUAUUGGAAUAUCUUGGCUUCUUUGGAGAGAGUCGGAGUGGGAAUUCGGGCUGUGGGGAUAGGAAAAUCUCUAGUUGGGUUGUAGAGACAAAAGACUGCAAAUGCUGGGAUCUGGAACAACACACAAAAAGCUGAAGGAACUCGGUGGGUCAGGGAGCACCUCUCAACACCAUCACCUCCCCCCCACCCCCCGCCCCAUUCGUCUGCCAGCUCUUACUCCCACUCCCUCCACCUUUUCAUAGUGGCUGUCUCCACUCUGUCUUUCAGUCCAGAUUAAGGGCCUUGACCCAAAAUAUUGACUGUCCAUUUCCCUCCACAGAUGCUGCCUGACCUGCUGUUCCUCCAGCUUUUUGUGUGUUGCUCUAGUUGGGUUGUCCUUGCACUUCUGUUAUUAUUUUUAACAAUGGCAUCAUGAAAUGUUUCAUGGUUUUAAUUUCUAUUUCUUCAUGUCAAAACAACUACUGCACAUAUAAUUAACUUAUUUAGUAAUGUACCAUUUACUUGCUGUCGACAAUUUACAGAUAGCUGUAGGAUUGCGGGAUAACAUUGUCAUUGCAUUUACUGGGAUAUUUCUGUGGGAUUUGCAGAUCCAUGUGUCACUUUCAUUUGCUGAGGAAUAGUAUUGAAUUCUCAAGGACUGAAUGGAGGCUUGGUUUCACUUUUUUCAUCUUUACUGUUUAAUACAGAUGUUUUUCCAAAAAUUUAUUAAACAGCAAAAGACUGAAUAAUUAAAAUAUCACACUGUAACUUUUGUUAUGGUUUUUAAACUUAUCUUCUGCUGAGACAAAGAUGUAACUAAGUAAUGGUCAGUCCUACAAUUUAAGAUGAUAAAUUCUUCUGUGGUGUCUCUUACUAUUUUCACUGUUGACAGAAACUUCACACCAACCUUUUGAUUGACUCAGGUUAAGAUAUACUUUCCAUUAAAUGACCAGGAUCAAAGAGAUCUAAUAGCUAUGUGUAAACUUUGUAAAUGAAAAGAAAGCUACCAAAUGAGCAUAAUUCAUAAAACCCCAUGAAAGUUAUGUACUUGAAUUAAGUUACUUCAUUCCUUCCUUAGAGUAAAACUAAAGGCAUACAAUCAGGGAGUGAAGCAUUUUUCCUUUUAUCCUUUACAAGACACAAUUAAGGAUGCUCAUGCCAUACUAAAUUUUAGACUGAGCACUGAUCUUAAGGUAUUGGGGUCAACUAUUGAAAUUACCACCUUGUUUAUCUCCAGGGAGCAAAAUAAUUCUUUCUGCAACAUUUUUACACAUAAAUUGAAGUCAUUGCUGCAUAAUAAAAACAAUAUUUUUGCGAUACAUGACCUCUUAAUUAGAUAUCAAGUCAAAAGAAAAUUGCUAAAGGUUGGAGCUAAGAACCCAAACAUUCUCUGAGAGAAAUGUUUUGUACUUAAAAUGAAUGCUGAUCACAUCUCUCCUUCGUUUUUGGUAGCUGACAAGCUGUGGAUAUCAGUCAGUCAUCCCAAAGCAGUUCACUAGCCAGGCCAUUAUUUACAUUAUUUAGUGCUGAUCUAAUUGGCUGGUGAAAGAAAACGGUGGGUGAGGUGGCUGACAGCGCCCUGGGUUAACAGCUAAAUCGAAUUUGGCAACUAAAGACCCACACAUAAACUCUGACCAUUUGAUGACCAAAUUUGUAUCAAGGGCUUUCACAUUGGGAACCAUAUUGGCAUGAGCAGUCAAAUGCUAUCCAUUUCCUGCACACCUGAAGCUCACAGCCUUCCCAAUUUGUAACAGGCACACUCUCUGGGCUGCUUGCAUACAGGAGAACACUCCUUAACAAUCGCCUCUUUCACCUUGAUACGUCAUCCAAAAGAAAAUGGCACGACAUUGUUUAGUUUGCACCCUUCUUCCCGACCUGCUUCCAUUGUACGUGCAUUGGAUCGUUAAAGUCUGGGUGAAUUUGAAAUCUACAUCCCAUUAAUUUAUAUCUAUCUCAAGUUGGUGAUGGUUAAUUGAUCUUGCUGAACCUAUCCAUCAAUGUGCAAGCAGUGCCAAGCUCAGCCUUUUUCAAAGUCUCCACGAUCAUAAAACUCAAAAGGGGGCCAGCUACUCCAGGAAGAAGUGGCCGCAUUGAUGGUUGCCUGGAGUAUGAUAGUCAGGUUUAGUUGUUUAAUAUAGCUUUAAAAAAUCUGCAGUUUAUAAAGAAAGCAGAUAGAAAAAUCUUCAUAAAUCCAAAUUAAGUGGUGAUAGAAAUGAAGAGUUUAUUCCUCUCUACUACAAAUCACAGUAAAAUGUUAAAUUGUUGGUGUCAAAAUAAUACCUGCAGUCUGGCUUUGGUGGGAAAGGGAUGAAAUACAAUGGGAUGACCCAAACUGCAGUUCAUUCAAUAUUGCCUUUCAAAUCAAACUGCAUAGGGUUUGACUCAAUUUCCUGCAUCACUGGAAGCACUUCCUAAAAUAUCAUUCUCAAGUUGCUGUUCGUCACCACAAAUUAGAUGUAGCAAGUCAGAUGGUAUCUUAGCCCAGCUGCUACAUUUGUUAAAGCUUUUUGAAUUUGUGAAAUAUCUCACCCAAAGCAGGAACCUACAGAUGAUUUCAAAAAUUAGCGUGCAUUGAUUUCUGGAAAAUCCUACUCUGAAAGGGUUGCAUAAUCUAAAAACUGCAUGACUUUUUAUUUUACAUUGAAUUCAUCACAUAGAAACAGAAUAUUCAUCCCAACUCAUCUGCUUCAUUUCACCCUAUCAACUGAGGCUUUAUUCCUUUCCCUCUCCAUGUAUUUAACCUAGAUCCUGCUUAAUGGCAUUUGCACUGCUUGUCUGAAAAAGACGUUUUUGUGUGUUGGUGAUUCAUUUUUGGUCUUACAUAUACUCUGCAUGCUUUCUGUACACAUAUAUUUAAAACUAAACAAUAUUGGUUUGCCAUGAAGAAUAAUUUUUAUUUACUAUCUUAUAAAAAUAUUGUUUUAGGAGAAAUAAAUCAAGAGUAAAUACAAUAGUUUUUUGUCAGGAACCACAUCAUUGGUCUGAAAAUAUUUUUAUGUAAUCAUAGUAACUUGCAAUUUGUGUUGCAAUGCACAUUGUCUUUUACCCCUUUUUUCUUGGUUCUUUUUAUGACAGCAAAAUGGUGGUAAUUGUCUUGAGAACUUUUAAUGGUUUCUUCAUAGCUAUGUUUUCAUGUGGAAAUGUUGCCAAAAAUGUUAUUGUGUAUGUUUUUUUAAUGUUAAUGAUAAGGAAUGUCCAAAUAAUGUCAGCUUUAUUUUUCCUCCUUCUCUCUACAAUGUUGCCAGUGAUUUAAACCCAGUCUCAGUUUCUGAUUGAUCAUCUAUGUAUUGUGCUAAGGGUUCAAUUUUAUGCCUUAAAAUGCUUCCGUGAACCAUGUCAAUGUUAAAGAAAAUGAUCUAUAUUUAAAUUAUAACUCGCCAGUGCAAAAUAUUUGUAUAAUCUCAUAUAAAUAUGUGAAGCUCUCAUGAUCUCCAUUCUGUGUAUUGCUGAGCAUGGACUAACCUUGUCUGUAAAUAACUAAAUGUGUUUAAAAAAUAUAUAUAUAAUUGGUAUCGUACUUUUUCUAAAAU